CUUUUUCUCCAACAAAAUCAAUGCAUUGAAGAUCGGGAAUAAUUCUUCUCUGGGAAUAAUUUCAUGAUCAUUUUGAGACGAAAUCUGAACAGAACAGGAAAAACGGAGAAAAUAUGUCCAUUGCUAAAUUAUUUGUAAAAGUUUUCAAUGAGAACAUAUUUGAGGACCGGGUAGAAUCAGUAAGUUCUAAAGAACAUGGGCCUGCCGCCAUUAGUUCGGUGCAAACGGGUAAAUCAAGCUUAAAACCGAGCCUGACCUUGUCAGAUCCAUUAACGUUUUGUAGACAAAUGGUGUUGGUCAAGUCAUGGCUUAAAGAUAAACUUGAUGCUAUCGAAUCAAAUUGCAAGGAGGCCACUCUGCAGCAACAAUGUGAUAUGCGGUCAAGGCUUGGACCAGAAUUGGUAAUAUUCGAUAUUGAUUAUUCUUCGACGGUGCGUAUAGCUAGCGAUAGGCUAUCAGUGCGGUCGCAGGGUAGUUUCAACACAAUCAAAGCUAAUGUUUGCGUGUACGGCGGCCGCUGGAUGUAUGAGAUACAACUGCACAGCAAGGGUGUUAUGCAAAUUGGUUGGUGUUCCAACAAAUGCCUGUUCAACGAGAAUAGCGGUGUAGGCGAUUCCAAACUAAGCUAUGGUUUUGAUGGCAGUAAACAACAAAGCUGGCAUAUAUCCACCAACAAGUAUGGCGAGAAGUGGCAAAUUGGCGAUAUUAUUGGCGUUGCUAUAGACGUGGACAAAGAGGAAGUUAGCUUUUACCGCAACGGCAAAUCGUUGGGUGUAGCUUUUCAGAGAUUAGAAAAAGGACCUGGUAUUACUUUCUUUCCUGGUAUAUCUUUGGGCUAUAAUCAGGGAGUACAAGCCAAUUUUGGGAAUGCCCCCUUCAAAUAUCCCGUAGAAGGAUUUAGGCCUUUAAUGGCCAAGCCAAUAGCUGAUUUGCAGAAAGCCGAUUUAUUAAUGAAUUAUAUGGUUAACCUAGCUACCAUAGUAUCUCGUUAUAAUAUCAAUCAUGAUAAGAAGGCUGGCGAGGACAAGUUGUCUACGAAGAAAACGGUUUAUAUCGUCUUUUGCACGUUGCUAAUAGAAAAAUUGCUACCGAUCCUAUUUAAUCAGUACAUAAUCGAGGAAAAAGUAUUACUGUAUAUAAAAACGUUAAACAAUAUUAAAAAUGAUUCGGACUCAGUUCAACCGGGUCAUGCGGAUAGUGUUUUGGGCUGCUUGCUUGAUAUGUUUUGGAACUAUCUUGAAGCAGAGGAAAUGAAAUUUAUUCUCAAGAAAUUAGCCAAUGCCUUGCUUAGCAGCUACAGUCAUACUCAUAAACAAUUGGAUUAUGAGCGUCAGCGUCAAUCAUUGCAAGUGUUGGUAGCUCUAUGCAAUCAUACAAAGACUAGAAAAACCUAUCUGGAAUUCAAAUUUUUUAAAAAGCAUUUUUUGGCUUUGCUGAUGUGUAUAAGACCACCUGAGUUCGCCUAUAUGCAAGAAUUGAUACCAAAUCAUUUAGCUUGGACUGACGGCAUAGGUGGUCCAAAAAGCAGAUAUAUGGGCGCCGUUGAGAAAAUUUGCAAAUCGACGGAAUACUUGUAUAUUCUUCAAAAAACCCUUCUACUUACUUUACUUAACAAUACGGACGCGGAUAGUCGUUCACCUUCAAGUCGAAAACUUUUUUUAGCUAAGGCUCGGAGAUAUAUUAUGGAUCUUAGCAUGGAACAAAGGCCUUUUCACAGCUUUUUUUUUAUGCAGUCUAGCAUUUUACAUCCAAUUGAAAAUCCAGUCGCCUUAGCAUUUAUUUGCAUUUUAGUGGAUGUCACUAAGACAUUGUUUGAAAAGGAAUUGCCUGGCGUAGAAGUGCAAAUUCCAUCAAAGUACUUCUAUGAUGGAAGCUUGGAAUAUCAGCAUUAUGAUCGCGUCGGUGGCGUAUUAUCGCAUCUGCGCAAAGUGCAUCAUAACGAUAUCGUACAGCAGCUAGGUACUGAAAGAACUCAAGAAUUAUUAGAUGAUGAUCGUGUCGUAGUUCGAGUAGCUGAACUUGGCCCUUUUGUAUCCGUAGCCGCUGACACGCUUAAUAACAUAUCAAUAGUGGGACGGCCGGGAGGAGCCACUACGACUACAUUUACCACGUUUCUUAACCCACGUGUAACACAAGUUUUCGAGGUAACACCCGGCAAUUGUGGCACGGAGGUCUCUCUAUGUGAACUUCUGGAUUUAUGUGUCCUCUACUAUUAUGCGGUUGGUCAUAAAUAUAUUGUCAAGAUUGCUUCAGUACGCGAUGAAAUAGCUGCGUUAAACGAUGCUCUCAGUGAAACAAAAUAUUAUCGCGAAACCGUUGCCAAAAAAUUGCAAAUGAUAGAAGAUCAUAAUGGUUGCUGUGUGAUUGAUUAUUCUCAAGUUAUGUCCGAACUGAAAUCAAAAUUCGCAAUCAGAGAAAAUGUAUUUGCUCAACGUUCGAUUGAGUUAAGCCGGAAGCAGGCUUGGUUUCGAAGUGUAGCCUUAGGUGCAAAACGUCGUGCAAUAUUAAUUUGGUUUUUAGAAAAAACCUUACGAACCUUAAAUAUGUCUUCACAAACCGGCGUAUUGUUUGCUUUCGUGCCCGAAGUCUACAUUAACAUUUUACCUAUACUUCUGGAUACAGUGAUGGAUUUCAGCAAUCAUGACCUACUUUUUCAAUUUGAAGUCAGCGAUUCGGAAUGUGUCCUCAAUAUGAUUGCAGAUUUCUUAAGCGUACACUCAGCAGACCCGCGUAUCAUAUUGGCUUCCUGCAAAGAUUCAUUGUUGCAAGCUUUGGGCACACUAACUUGUCAUAAACCUGGUAUAAAGGCCUUAGAGAAGUCUCCUAGGAAAAGUCAAGUCUCUUUGGUUAAGGCUUUAUUGCGCCCUUACGAAAAUCGUGCCUGGGGUCAAAGCAAUUGGCUGCUGCUGCGCUUCUGGCUAGGCGAGGGCUUCGCCUAUAAAGACGCUCGUCAACCUUGUGUAUGGCAAGGUGGUAACGUUCCUUUUCAAUUGGGCUUGUGUCGCAGCCGUUCCAAAAACGAAUCACAUACAGGCCUACUGCAUAAUAUAGCGCCACCAAAUCCUUCCAAAUAUUUUCAAAAAUUAAUAGGGGAAAAACUAGCGGAAGAUGAACCGUUUGCUACUACAUUUUUGAAUUCAGUUUUAAGUCAAUUGAAUUGGGCUUUUUCCGAGUUCAUAUUGUUGCUGCAGGAGAUACAAAAUACCGCGCUGCGUCAAGAGAACACGGUAUUCGAACCGAAACAAUUGAAAAUUUGUUCCAUGUGCUUCGAAUUAACAGUUUCUUUAAUGCGUUGUCUGGAAAUGAUUAUAACUAUAGCGCCGGAAAUAUUUCAUGAUGCUGCCCGGCCAAAUAGUGAUUUGAUAUUGACUCGUGUUUGCCAAUUAAUAAGUCAAGUAUUAUCACGUGUUACAGUACCACCCGGUUGCUUUCAGUUUGUUGUCGAUAUGUGUUCCGCCGAUCUCAAUGCAGUCACACACUUUCCCAUAAUAGCUGCUGCGCUAGGUAUAUUAUUAGCUUUAUUGCGUCCAGAAAUGGAAAAUGAUAAGAAUCCCUCGAAGGUUACCCGCAUAACACGUGCCUUAUUAACGGAUCCCAGCUUUCAAUUCGCCAAUUUGGAAUUCGCUUUAGGCGAAAUCAAAACGCCUAUUCUACAGCAAAGUGAAAUACCCCGCGGCAAUUUCGAUCCAUCUACUCGGGCCCAUAUAGAUCCUUUAACUAAUGAUGUCAGAGUACCACAACCUACUUCCAGUAAAAGAAUACGUGCCGAUCCUCCCAUUAUUAAAUUCACGCUAAGCGAUUUCCCCACUCAUGUUUCCAAUGAGGAAAUCGAAGAAGUGCGUCGCCUUAUUGAGAUGUUGAAAGUGAAACAAUCGUUACUAUCCGACAUUACAUUACCAUCUGAGGAUUCAUUGUGCCCGAUUUGUUGUGCAAAGCCGAUUGCUGUAAUGUUUACACCAUGCAAACAUCAAUCGUGCAGUAAUUGCAUUUUGCAACAUUUAAUGAAUUCGAAAGUUUGCUUUUAUUGCAAAACUUUAAUUAAAACAAUCGAAACGCCCGAUGGAACGGUAAUAUAUCAAAAUACCGAUUAUCUACAAGCACCAAGUAUAUUUGAAGUGUAAACGAUAACCUUAUACGGUCCAUUAUCUUAUACACUUUUUUACACUUUUUACACUUGCAAUUCAAUCCACCCACCCGUA